AUGAACACUUAAAGUUGUAAGCCCCUCCCCCUUAAAUAAAUAACGAUCAGUCCCUUCAACAUUUUAACUGAUAUGAUGGUUCAAGCAGGAUACAAGUAUUUAUGUAAUAUUAUUGACAUUAUCAUAAUAAUAUUGGGAUAUUAUUCCCUGUUAGGUUUAUCUGUCCAUUUUCCCCCGAUGCUUUUAUUGUGAAGAGUUCCGGUUCGCCGCUGUGUCUGUUACCGGUUGGUCCGACAUUAAUCCGCCGAUAGCUUCCUUCCUCCCGGUUUCACGGAGACUUUCGGUCGGUACCGACAUGAUGAAGCUCGACGUGCUGCGGCUGUUUGUAGAGCAGCGACUCUCCGCCGUUACCGACGACAUCUUCCGCCGUUUGGCCCGAACCAUCACCGAAUAUGACCGAGAGGUGUCCCGGUUAAAGCAAGAGAUCGACCGACAGCGGAAACUCCUAGAGGACAGAGCCCUGGACAGACCGAGGGACACAACGGAGGAGAGCGCCCAGGGUGUUCUGCAGGUGAGGGAGCAGAGCCUUGGUGUGCACAUUAAACAGGAAGAGAGUGGAGCCUCAGGAGCAGAGGAGCUGGGUGCUAAGUUCACACCGAGUCCUGAUUGGCUGAGGGAGACACCUGAAACCGACCAGAGUCCUUUGUCCAAUCAGAUCCAGUCCUGCGGGAAGGAGGUGGGGCGUUUCACCACAGAGGAGGAGCAGCAGGUGAGGGGGUGGAGCUUCAGUCUGCACAUCAAACAGGAAGAGGGCGGAUCCUCAGCACUAGAGGAGACAGAUGCCAAGUUCGCACUGAUUCCUGAUUGGCUGACAGAGCGCAAUGAUGAUAAUGGAAGUCCUUGUUCCAAUCGGAGGCAGCCCCCCAGAGAGGACAGCUGUCUGAUGAGACCUGCACCUGAAGGGAUUUGCACACCUGCAGACCACAACCAGAGCUCUGUUGUCCAAUCAGAGUCCUCAACUGAGGACAGCGACAACACUCAGUCUGAACCAGCUCCCCAGGGGACUCGGGGGACUCGGCCUCCUGUGGACCAGAGGCUUUUGGUCUGUGGCAGCUGUGGACGAGAGUUCAGCUCAAAGCGGACUCUGAGGAAACACAUUAGACGAAACACGUCCCAGGACCAGGACAGGAUGUCCUGCAGCCUGCGGAGACAGAUGGCGCCCUUCCAGAGUCCUGCCAAGUCCUUCAGCUGCCGAGUCUGUGGCAGUUCCUUCUACACGCAGGGCAUCCUGGUCCGCCACGCGGAGAACCACUGCAAGGAGCCCGAGAACCGGUGUGGGGCCUGCGGGGACCGUCUGGAGUCCACUGAGACCCUGAGAGACCACCUGAGGUCUCACAAAGAGGUGGGCAGCACCUGUGAUGUGUGCGGUAGGAAGUGCAGCUCCAUCAGGAGGAUGGAGAUACACAAACGGGUCCACACCGGUGAGAAGCCGUACCGCUGCGGAUUCUGUGGACGGGACUUCAGCAGAAAGGAGAGUUUGGAGAGACACUUGAAGGUCCACAGCGGGGACAGACUUCACUACUGUGGACUCUGCAGGAGGACGUUCACCAGGAGAGAGUACCUGGUCCAGCACCUGGAGACAGACCACAUGGAGAGACCGGGUCCACCUGCGGGGACAGAGUGGACGGAGAGGACUGAGACGUUUGCUGUGAUGACGUCCAUCUGAAAAUGAGACAAUGAUUCAUGAAUUAAAAAUCACUUCCUUAUAUUUCAUUAUUUAAUCAGUGACAUCAUCAUUACAUUAUCAUAAUCCUGCAGCUAAUUGGUUAUUGAUUGUGUCAGUUUACAAUAAAGAGACGGACAUUUAACUGUCUUCACCUGGACAUUCUUUGGAACGGUUGGGUGGUCUUCGGCUGUUGUUGUUCCGUCAUUAUCUUGUCCUUCAGCCGUCAUCAGGCCCGUCGGUAGCUCGUCCUUCAGCCGUCAUCAGGCCCGUCGGUAGCUCGUCCUUCAGCCGUCAUCAGGCCCGUCAUUAGCUUGUCCUUCAGCUGUCAUCAGGCCCGUCGGUAGCUCGUCCUUCAGCCGUCAUCAGGCCCGUCAUUAUCUCGUCCUUCAGCUGUCAUCAGGCCCGUCGGUAGCUCGUCCUUCAGCCGUCAUCAGGCCCGUCAUUAGCUCGUCCUUCAGCUGUCAUCAGGCCCGUCGUUAGCUCGUCCUUCAGCCGUCAUCAGGCCCGUCAUUAGCUCGUCCUUCAGCCGUCAUCAGGCCCGUCAUUAGCUCGUCCUUCAGCCGUCAUCAGGCCCGUCGUUAGCUCGUCCUUCAGCCGUCAUCAGGCCCGUCAUUAGCUUGUCCUUCAGCCGUCAUCAGGCCCGUCAUUAUCUCGUCCUUCAGCCGUCAUCAGGCCCGUCGGUAGCUUGUCCUUCAGCCGUCAUCAGGCCCAUCAUUAGCUUGUCCUUCAGCUGUCAUCAGGCCUGUUGAUAGCUCGUCCUUUAGCCGUCAUCAAGCCUGUUGGUAGCUCGUCCUUCAGCCGUCAUCAGGCCCGUCAGUAGCUCGUCCUUCAGCCGUCAUCAGGCCCAUCAUUAGCUUGUCCUUCAGCUGUCAUCAGGCCUGUUGAUAGCUCGUCCUUUAGCCGUCAUCAAGCCUGUUGGUAGCUCGUCCUUUAGCCGUCAUCAAGCCUGUCGGUAGCUCGUCCUUCAGCCGUCAUCAGGCCGGUCAUUAGCUUGUCCUUCAGCUGUCAUCAGGCCCGUCGGUAGCUCGUCCUUCAGCUGUCAUCAGGCCCGUCAUUAGCUUGUCCUUCAGCCGUCAUCAGGCCCGUCGGUAGCUCGUCCUUCAGCCGUCAUCAGGCCCGUCAUUAGCUUGUCCUUCAGCUGUCAUCAGGCCUGUCGGUAGCUCGUCCUUUAGCCGUCAUCAGGCCCAUCGGUAGCUCGUCCUUUAGCCGUCAUCAGGCCCGUCAUUAUCUCGUCCUUCAGCCGUCAUCAGGCCCGUCGGUAGCUCGUCCUUCAGCCGUCAUCAGGCCCAUCAUUAGCUUGUCCUUCAGCUGUCAUCAGGCCCGUCAUUAGCUUGUCCUUCAGCUGUCAUCAGGCCUGUUGGUAGCUCGUCCUUUAGCCGUCAUCAAGCCUGUUGGUAGCUCGUCCUUUAGCCGUCAUCAAGCCUGUCGGUAGCUCGUCCUUCAGCCGUCAUCAGGCCCGUCAGUAGCUCAUCCUUUAGCCGUCAUCUGGCCUGUUGGUAGCUCGUCCUUCAGCCGUCAUCAGGCCGGUCAUUAGCUUGUCCUUCAGCUGUCAUCAGGCCUGUCGGUAGCUCGUCCUUCAGCUGUCAUCAGGCCCGUCAUUAGCUUGUCCUUCAGCCGUCAUCAGGCCCGUCGGUAGCUCGUCCUUCAGCCGUCAUCAGGCCCGUCAUUAGCUCGUCCUUCAGCCGUCAUCAGGCCCGUCGGUAGCUUGUCCUUCAGCUGUCAUCAGGCCUGUCGGUAGCUCGUCCUUCAGCCGUCAUCAGGCCCGUCGGUAGCUCGUCCUUCAGCCGUCAUCAGGCCCAUCAUAAGCUUGUCCUUCAGCUGUCAUCAGGCCUGUUGGUAGCUCGUCCUUUAGCCGUCAUCAGGCCCAUCAGUAGCUCGUCCUUCAGCUGUCAUCAGGCCCAUCAGUAGCUCGUCCUUCAGCUGUCAUCAGGCCCGUCGGUAGCUCGUCCUUUAGCCGUCAUCAGGCCCGUCGGUAGCUCGUCCUUUAGCCGUCAUCAGGCCCGUCGGUAGCUCGUCCUUUAGUCGUCAUCAGGCCCGUCGGUAGCUCGUCCUUUAGUCGUCAUCAGGCCCGUCGGUAGCUCGUCCUUUAGCCGUCAUCAGGCCCGUCAUUAGCUUGUCCUUUAGCUGUCAUUAGGACCGUCAGUAGUUUGUCCUUUAGCCGUCAUCUGGCCCAUCGGUAGCUUGUCCUUUAGCCCUCAUCAGGCCCAUCAUUAGCUUGUCCUUUAGCCGUCAUCUGAUCUGUUGUUAGCUCAUCCUUUACCUGUCAUCAAGCCUGUUGUUAGCUCGCCCUUUAGCCGUUAUCAGGCCCGUCGUUACAUGAUAAAGUUAAAUUGAUCAACAACCUGCAGAGAUUCAGUUCGCGUGUUAACGUUCUCUGCAGAACAGCCUGCUGUGUCACUUCCUUCCCUCAAGAGGCUCUGCCUUUUGCCAGGCCGCCAUUGUAAGUAAGAAACUGUUCUUAAUGACUUGCCUGGUUAAAUAAAGGUUAAAAAAAAAUCGCAGAGCGUCCUGUGCUCAGCUGGAGUCGCUGCUUUCGAGGGCAACAUUUGCUGUCAGACAAAAGAAACACUGAAGAACAAACGAGUGUUUUCAGUAUGAGGACAGAGAGAGUGGGAGGAAGAGUGUGUGUGGUGGUCGUUUC